ACACAAACCAGGGGUGAUGAUAUAGAAACAAAACUUACAACAGAAUUUCAAUUAGGAGAAAACUCCUUGAUAUAAAUUAUAGCUAUUAUAAUUAUAUAGAAGUCUGUAGGUAGUCUGCUAUAUGGCUCAGCAUAGCCUCGUGGGUGUUGACUACCCAAUACAUAUAGCUGGAAUUUCCAGUCCAAUGACAAGCUCAGAUCAACAAUCAGCUCUUAAUUGUGAUCAGCUGGGUAUAGCUUGCAUUUGCAUGGGAGAAGAAUCUACCUGAUAGAUCGCCUAUUUAUUUGCAUGCACCACCCACACAUUUUUACUGCCCAUACAAACAGCUUACAUGGUAUUACAUUCCUAUCCUAUUAGGGAUAGUUAGCCCUAGUCGGGCGCCGCCACCCUAGCUCUAUCGUUUGCACAUGACCGUCAAGAAGCAACUCCUUUCUCCCACCUAAUGUGCAACGGUAGAGGGCAGCAGCACUCAACUAAGUUAGCCCUACAACAGCAUAUGGGCACAUUUUAGUAGGAAGGAGUUGCUUCUUGACCGAAAGAUAUGCUAAGUCCCGUAGUAUACAUCCUCUUGAGCACUAUUCCCGUGUACUUCCCAUGUAGAUCUUAUUAGGCAGCAGCACCCAACUAAGUUAGCCCUAAAACAGCAUAUGGGCACAUCUUAGUAGGAAGGAGUUGCUUCUAGAUCUUAUUAAUCGGCCUGGACUCGAGGCUAAGAUCAUAGAUACUACUAUCUAUGCUAAGAUCUUAUCCCUCUAAUAAGUUUGAGGUUGCUGGAUUAACGAUCUUUACCCACUCUAUCUCUGUGUACGUGUGACCAGAGACUUUGACGUGUGACUAUAUUAAAAGCUGCACUGGGCGAGAACUGCACACUAGACUGGACGAUGAAGACUACUCUAAAAUGCUUGUUGCAUAGCGAAACCUCUAUCCAUAGUAAUUCGCAGUAAGGUAAACUUCAAAAUAGGACGGUCAGUGACUAGACUGGGUAGUCUCGCGGACCCAGUUAUCGGCUGGUCCACGAGACUAUUGGUUGGGAUAGUAACAUGGUAAUAGUACCCAUUAAUUGGUUCAUAGAUAGAGUAGUAACUAUCUAUAAUUGGUUGGGAGCUACAUGUCUAUACAUUUCACAUAAUACUUGAUAUAGGGUUCCCAUGCGCAUAUGCAACGUCCGACACACAUACUGUUUCACACUUUUGUUGGUUAUGGCAGUAAUUAGAACAUGCAAUGUCUACACUACAGCAACCUCUGGGCACCAGCAAUAAAGCAACAUUCCCUUCAUGCUUUGUGCCAAAACUCUUAUCAGGUUGGUUGUCUAGUCUGAGGCCCGCUAUUAAGUUGAGAUCAGUCGAGUGCCGGCUGGUAACUGGGUGCUCAUAGAGGGAGUGGACCAGACCAUCACCAAGACAGCCCACCAUCACACAGAUCAAUGACUCAGAGGACGUACGGUACACUGACACACUGCUCACAAAACAAGAGGGACAGGCCACUACCACACAACUUUCUAAAUGAGCAAACACACUCUUUGCAAUGUCACUGGUGAUACUGAUGAGGUACAAAAUUCCUUUGCUGUAUUUCGCAGUGGGAAAUUAACUGCAACUUUUGAAGAAGCUUCGAAUAAAAAUGAAAUACUAGUCAACGAUAGGAAAUUGCCUGAUCUUUGCAAAUUUUUAGAUAAUAGCAAACCCAAAUCUUUGUCUGUCUUGGUCGGGCCACCUGGUAUCGGAAAAAGCACGGUGAUUAAGCAAUUUCUAAAUGAUCUUCAAAAGACACCAGUUUUGCAUACAAUUGACACUGUGCUGUUUUUUAAUUUGCUUGACGAGGCUAUUUGUGAACACGUAGACAAUUGGGAAGACAUUGAAUGGCAGGAACCCAUGAAUGAUGUGGCACAUUCCCGUGGCAAUGGAAUUCUGAUAAUCGUGGAGAAUUUUACUGAUCAAUACUUGAAGCCAAAUUCCCUUGUUAAGCGAAUCUUAGAGCAUAAAUGUUUACCAGAGUCUAAGAUUUUGAUUGUUACUCGACCUAAUUUCAUUGAAAAUGUGAAAUCAAUAUGUCUGAUUGAUAAUCUAUUGCAUGUUAAAGGUCUCACACUUGAAGGAUUUGGAAAUUACCUUCUUGUUAAUUCUAGGCAUUCUGAGAAAAUCGUGUCCUACUUACGACAAAAUAAGCUAUUAGAUAUGUGCAGAAAUCCGUUUAUUUGUUCUACUAUCGGGAAUUUGUUCAAAGGUCAAAAAUUUGAGCGGCCAAAAGCAUUGUCCGAAUGCCUUCACAAAUUUUUAACGAGUGUUAUAUUUCGCGAGUUAGAUUCCGAAGAAAAAGAAGCGCUAGUUUCUGGUUUGCAGUUGGAGCAACUGCCCGACUCAGCUAAAUCCUCGUUCAAAGUGGUUUGUGAAUUUGCAAUGCAGCAUUUGUUAACAGGUGAUAAAUGCACAAAUUUGGAUGAAUCACUUCAGUUUUUAUCUGUGUUUGGUCUCAACAUGACUUCUACGAGCAAAGAUAUUUUUCGGUUCUGUGUGCUGUACAAAGAUGAACAACAUGGCUACCAGUUUGUAUCCUUGGUCAUGGCACAGUUUCUUGCUGCAUUCCAUUUGUACCAACAGCCACCACUGAAUCAGUUGUAUUUUCUCUACAAAAAUUGUCUUCCUUUGUUUGUUUGUGGAUUCAAAUCGUGGCUUAAGUUUUUCUUUGGAUUGAUUGGGGAAGAUUACUUGUCCCACAUUACGCUGUAUAAUCCAACUAAGUUGAUGAUGAAUUCGGUUGUUGAUAUUCUUGUCGAAUCGCUUAAGUUAUACACUGAGCCAGAACAUCGCUAUGCACUAAUCGAGUGCAUUGUCGAAGCACAAGAAAAGAGCUUAAUUCGGAAAGUGGCAACAAAAUAUCCUGCAAUUCUCGAUUUCUAUGUUCCCCAAAGUGAAUUUGAUUCUUGUAUUCAGCCUAUCUCAAUACUAAUGAGCAAUUCUGGUUGUACUAAUUGGAUACUCAGUUGCAGGUCUACUAAUGUUGGCCUGGCAAAUAUUCUGAAAGAGCAAACAGAGAAGGCAACAAUUUUAAUAAUAAUUGAUGACUCACUCACUGAUAAGAUAGGUAUCUGCCCCAAAAGGACUAUUGCUGAGGCUGACAAAGUAUACAUAGAAGUAGAAAAAGCCUCAAGUUCAUCUCAAGGAUCAGAUGAACAAAAAGCUGAGAAAUUUCAUCAGUAUUGUUGUCAAGCUGUUAAAGAAAUUUUCCAACGAAUACUGCCUAUAUAUUCGGAAGUGAAACUGAAAGGAGACUCGAGUAACGUGUCGUAUGUGAGCUUUCUCACUUGUGAAUGCUUUAAGGAGUCGUUUACAGCUAACGUACAGUUUUUUUCACUACAGCCAAUCCAUUUUCUUAAUGGACCUGUCAAAGAUUUCUCCAAAAUUCCUCCUGAAUCAAUGUCUAGUACUGAUUGGCACAACUUUGAGAGACAUAACGGUGCAUCGAUGGAAGUUGUCAUCAUGCUUCGACCAUUACUUCGGAAAAUAAGAGGUUUUGUUCCAAUAACAAAUGAACAGUUUUCUAUUGUAUUGUCGCAAGAUUUGUCUUUGAAACUCGCCCUUGAAAAUACUUGUGAAAAUCUUCGUGAAGUAAGUGAGCUUGAGGCCGUGAUGCGUUCUGUAGACACUCUGCUAGUGGACGAGAAACAUACUGAGUUAGUACUACCUUCCUACCCUAUAGUUCCAAAGAUGCUAACUGGACGCGCUCAGCAUGCUAUUCCCAAGCCUUUCCUUCAACCACUUCAACCACCCUCACUCGACCUUGUCCCUGUACUACCAACAGUGGGAGAGCAAGUGUCCGACUACAUUCAAGAAGAUGCUCAGCAAUACUCUAUACCAUCUCCUCCUGAUAGACGACCUCACUCUGAUACUAAAGCUCUUGCUGGACCACUUGCUCAACAGCACUUUCAACGUGAACUUCCAAGACUAACUAGUCACCUCUCUCCAGCACCCACCUUUACCGCUGAACAAGCUGUUGGUGAGGCACAACAAACGUCAAGACGACAGGCUAAUCUCAGACAAGGCACUGUACUAUAUACUUCCAUUCCGGACAAGAUACCAUCUGAUCGAAUACAGCCCCUACCAACCCAACACACUCUUAUUCGCAAGGGUGGCAAUGGAUCAAUAUUCAGCGAAAAUGUGAAUGGAUUGGCUUUGGCAGUAAAGAAGACUAGUUAUCGCAGCAAAGAGUAUGCAAUCAUUACGAAAAUCCGCCACAAAAACAUAGUCCCCCUGUUAGCGUAUGUGUGGGGUGAAGAACACAAAGAAAGCAAAAGGAGAUUUUUUGUUUAUCACUACCUGCCCAAACUCAGUGGCGAUAUGGCUAGAUUGGUGACCGAUAAAGAAGAACUUAGUCUGCACGAUUUCCAUAAGCGUCAUCAUAACAACCCUCGAGCAAUGGGUGUUGCUGUCGGAAAUGUCAAAUACAUUCUUUCACAGGUGCUUCAAGGAUUGAAUUAUUUGCACAACAGCCGUCGAUGCAUCCAUAGGGAUGUGAAGGCCAGCAACGUGCUCAUAAAGUUCUUCUGUAAUUGUGAUAACCCUGUUCAGUGCUCGUGUGAUGUCAAGUAUCAAGUGGUAAUCUGUGAUUUUGAUGCUGCGCUAGAAUUGGACUCAUCUUCUCAAAUACCUUCCACCACCACUCACUCAUCACGCUCACAAACUAAACAGUAUGAGAUUGUUCCGGUGGGUACAAAUGGGUUCCGAUCGCCUGAAUCCAGUAUGCUCAUGAUUGCAAAUUCCCCUGAUGCAUUCUCCCCACCCCUCUCCACGAAGGCGGACAUCUACAGCUUUGGUAUUCUCUCAAUGCGACUCAUGAUGAGCACAGACACUCCGUACAGUCAGCGGGCUAUGUCCACACUGUUACUCUACUACCAUCAGAGCCUGGGGGUCAGUGAUGGGAGACUCAAAAGCCCCAGUGUGUGGAGGGUGGAUGAAAGUACAGUACUCAAGUUGCUCAAGCUCCACAAGCUCAAUGCAAGGAUAAGAUGGUUAAGAGGAGCCUAUGAAUUUGCCAGCAAGUGUCUAUUAGUGGAUCCAGAGGAACGGCCUUCAGCAAGCUCUCUUCUCAAGGACCCAUUUCUCAACUAGUCACAUAUGCAAAAUAAAGACAUACAAAUGAUUUGAAUUUUGCUUGUUUCUGAGGACAUGGCAAAGCAUCUACAUCGAUCUGAAUUUGAUUGAUUACGAUUAAUAAAAGUAUUAAUAAAAUCACCCCCUAUCAAGCAAAGUAUACGAUUCGAGAGACCCUCUCCCAAAUUUGGUCAACCAUCGUGUCACAAUGCAGUCAAUUCGGAUCUUGAUUCCGAAUAUAAAUGAUGCUGAGAGCGUAAAAUAAUGAAAACAUAAUAGAUUAAUUGAUUUGUACUUAGCAAUAGAUUGUACUUAGCGGUAUAUGUUAUAUUGUACUUGAAUAAAUGUCAAUAAAAUAGAGUUCACAUUGGA